AUGCCACAAACUUCGCAUAAUCUAACUGUUAGUAAUUAUACAAAUAAAACAAUCAAAUGUGUUUGUGUAGGUGAUGGUUGUGUCGGUAAAACAUCAAUGCUUAUAUCAUAUACUACCAAUACAUUUCCACAGUCUUAUGUACCUACAGUAUUUGAUAAUUAUUCUGUUACUGUAAUGAUUAAUAAUGAACCACAUACACUUGCUCUAUUCGAUACUGCUGGUCAAAAUGGCUUUGAAUUAAUGCGUGCAUUUUCAUAUACAAAUACUGAUGUAUUUCUUGUUUGCUUCAGUGUUAUGUCUCCAGCAUCAUUCAAUAAUGCUCUUAAAGUGUGGAUUAAUGAAAUUCGUCAAUCAUCAUCAUCAUCUUGUAUGGCACCAUUUGUUCUUGUUGGAACAAAAAUUGAUCUUCGUACAAAUCUAGCUGAUAUUGAAUUAUUAGCUAAAUCCAAACAAAAACCAAUAACACGUGAACAAGGUGAACGUGCAGCAAAAGAACAUGGUGCAUAUGGAUAUGUUGAAUGUUCAGCAUUAACACAAGAAAAUCUUAAAGAAACAUUUGAUGCUGCUAUAUUAGCUGCACUUACUCCAUUACCUUCUAAACGUGUUGGAAUAUUAUGUUGUUGUUCUUAA